CUUCAUGUUUGUCUCUCCACAAAAUGCAGCCGUUGCAGUCUCUUCUUAGUUCUUAACCCCUUAAACCCCAAAACAAUGAAAUCCUUAAGAAUCUUCAAAAACACUCUCUAUUCAACUCCUUCACCCAAAAUCACCACCACCGUCACCACCGUCUUCCGCGCUUUCUUCUCCGCCGAACCCCUCACACCGGAACCCGAUCCUCAACCCGAACAUUCAGACGCAACCUUCGACAGUUCGCACUAUGAACUCCCAAUUCUCAACAACAACGACGAAAAGCCGAAGGUGACGUGGAAUAAGAAAUACCGAGACCGGACGGAUAAACUUGUGUUCGGCGAUGAUAUGUUAUGUUAUGUUAUGUUAUGGUUGGAACCAAGGUGGCGGCUGUUUCACGUAAGACAAACACCACAACUCAUGAAGUUGUGGGCGUGUUGACUAAAGGAGACACCCAAAUUUGUUUUUUUGAUACGCCAGGGCUCGUGCUAAACUGUAGCGGAUUCCCUUAUAAGGAUGCUAAGGCUCGUGUUGAAAGUGCUUGGAGUUCAGUCAAUCUCUAUGAAGUGCUCAUAGUCAUUUUUGAUGUCCAUAGACAUAUUACUAGGCCUGAUUCAAGAGUUGUAAAACUGAUCAAGCGAAUGGGAGAACGGUCCAUUCCAAAUCAAAAGCGAGUUUUGUGUAUGAAUAAGAUUGAUUUAGUAGAGAAAAAGAAAGACUUAACGAAAGUUGCUGAAGAAUUCGAAGAUCUUCCUGGAUUUGAAAGGCGUUUCAUGAUAUCUGGAAUGAAGGGGAAUGGCGUAAAAGAUUUGACUCAGUUCUUGAUGGAGCAGGCAGUAGGACGGCCCUGGGAAGAAGAUCCAUUUACCAUGACCGAGGAAGUUAUGAAAAUGAUAUCAUUAGAAGUUGUGUGUGAAAGGUUGUUGGACCAUGUACACCAGGAAAUUCCAUACGAUAUUGAACAUAGUUUGAUUGGCUGGAAAGAGUUGCGAGACGGUUCUCUUAGGAUUGAACAGCACUUUCUCACUAACAAAUUAGGCCAACUCAAGAUUCUUGUGGGGAAGCGUGGCUCAAAAAUUGGGAGAAUAGGAAUAGAAGCUAAUGAAGAGCUAAGGACCAUUUUCAAAAAGCAAGUGCAUCUAGUUCUUCAGGUUAAGCUCAAAUGAUUAACGAGGCGAAUAUCUUUGGCGUUCAGAGAUACCUUUUUUGCCACACACCAUGUUAUGCAGCAUGUAAAAUGCCAAAGGGGUGUGUGAAUUACACUGACCUUUGAAGUCGUCGAAGCGUCCAAAACCUUGCUUGAGAACAGGGUCAUCAUAUAUAAAAUAAGUGCUAUGGAAGAAACAGGUUGAGUUCUUUGGUGAUCUCACGCCGGCAAUUUCUUAUGCCUUUUACUAUUUGAUUGCCGGAGUCUAGGAACUCAAUUUUUUUUUUUUUAAAGUUUAUGGUUGUUUUUGAAAAUUGAAAGGAAAUUUUAGUAUUUUUGUUUAUUCAAGUAUUUAUUUUGACUUAAUAGAUGUUUUAUACAAAACACACAGCUAGGGCAUUUGGUUGUAACAAAAUGGUGAGAUACGAGUUUGGUUAUUGUGCAA